AUGGACGGUGAAAACAUGACUCAGACCAGGGCGUCUACUCGGACGCGCAUCCCGCAGGGACUCCGGGAGGCCAGCUCCGCAACUACGAACUCGCGCUCCGGCAUCAUGCCACCAGGAUCGAUCGCGAGCAAGGCGAUGAGCAUGUCGCGUAUGGAAGACAUGGAGCCCAUGUUACGACAAGAGCUGACAACCCCUGAAGCAACUCGUCCCAAGACAGCGAACCCAGAAACGAAGAGACCAGGCUCCGUCACCCGACAGCCCACCACCAAGGCGCAUACCCGGGGCAAUUCGUACGCAUCAUCAACCACGUCCCGAUCCACCACACCUGCGUCGCGCGCCGCGAAUGGUCCCUUCUCAUCCACAGUCGGCCCCGGCUCCCGCCCCCCCUCUGCCAUGUCCCGACCCCAAGCAUCCUUCAACGGGCGCAGACCUGUCGGCGCAUCGAUUCCGCGCGCAGCGAGCGCAUUGGAUACCCAUAUGGAAGACACAUCCCCAAGUGUACUGGGAAAACGAAAGGGCCCCGAAUGGGAUCAAGACUCCCGCGAACGCAAUAUGGAGGAAUUGAUGCAGACAUUCAUGACCCGUAUGAACCAACAAGGUCAAGCAAGUUCUGGCCUCAAGGAGACUGUUGAGGUGUACAAGACAAGGAUCAAUGAACUUGAAACUUCUCGCGAUAGCCUCAAAGAACUUAACGUCACACAACGUGUGGAGCUGGAGUCUUUGCGAAAUCAGCUACAAACGGCAGAGCACGUUCUGAAAGAGGCCAAGCGAGACCAAGAAAUCGCAAUGGACGACCUCGACCGACGCCAGCGCAUUGAAAUGGAAUCAAUCCAACAAGACAACAAGAAGGCGAUGGAGGCGAUCAGCUCUCGACAUCAAGAAGAGGUCCGUGAACUAAAAAGGCAGUUCGACCGCGAAAUUGAGGAUGAAAAGGCCGCCCGAGUACGAGCUCUCGGCCAGCUUACUUCCCAAUCUGCUCUGGAUACUCAAAAGUCGCAAAUCGAAUUGGAGCGCAAGGAUCGGGAACUCAAGACAUUGAACAUUGAGCUACAACAGUUGAAAGAAGACCUAGCUCGUGAACGGAAAUCUGUCCAAGACCUCAAACAAAACCUGGAUAUCGCAAGCAGUAACAGCGUCACUCUGGAGUCGUCCAUCCGGGCUCUCAAGGCACACAUCGAGUUCCUUGAGGGUGGAAGAGAAGAGCAGUCUAAAGCCUUUGAACGGUCCAACCAGCAGAUGAUGGACGCACUUGCUGAGACAGAUGCUAUCAGGGAGAAGUUGCGUAGAGAGGAGACCCUGCGUCGCAAACUUCACAACCAAGUGCAGGAACUGAAAGGCAACAUCCGUGUGUUCUGCCGUGUUCGUCCUUCGCUCAAGAGUGAGCCUGCUUCCCAGCUCACUCUCAUGCAAUACCCCGACGAAGCCGAUGAUGCCAAGGAGAUCAAUAUCCUGGGACCCGAGGAAAAGACCAGCCUUGGAACGGUCAGCCGCAAGAACAAUACCUUCUCCUUUGAUCGCGUGUUCAAUCCAACCACCCAAAACGCCGAGGUUUUCGAUGAAAUCAGUCAGCUUGUCCAGAGUGCUCUCGAUGGAUACAAUGUUUGCAUUUUCUGCUAUGGCCAGACUGGUAGUGGUAAGACCCACACAAUGUCAUCGGCUGAUGGCAUGAUUCCCCGUGCUGUUCACCAGAUCUACGAGACCGCCCAGGGCCUGGAGGAGAAGGGUUGGCGGUACUCAAUGGCAGGCAACUUUGUCGAAGUUUACAACGAGAACCUCAACGAUCUCCUCGGUAACCCCGAUGAGUUGGACAAGAAGAAGCAUGAGAUCCGUCACGACAUGCAGCGGGGAAAGACCACCAUCACUGACAUUACCACCGUCGAUCUCGACUCGCCCGAGAUGGUAGAGUCCAUCCUCAAGAACGCUGAUGCCAACCGCUCAGUGGCAGCUACCAAGGCCAACGAGCGCUCAUCCCGGUCGCACUCAGUCUUCAUUCUCAAGCUCACCGGUGUCAACCACAUCACCGGCGAACGAAGCGAGGGCACUCUCAACUUGGUUGACUUGGCAGGAAGUGAACGCCUGAGCCACAGCGGAGCCACAGGCGAGCGCUUGAAGGAGACGCAAAACAUUAACCGCAGCCUCAGUUCUCUGGGCGAUGUGAUUUCAGCCCUUGGCCAAGGCAAAGAGGGAGGUCACAUCCCAUACCGAAAUAGCAAGCUUACCUACUUGCUUCAGUUCUCACUAGGUGGAAACUCCAAGACACUCAUGUUCGUCAUGGUCAGCCCUCUCCAGGCGCACAUGUCGGAGACCUUGACCAGCUUGAAAUUCGCCACCAAAGUACACAACACCCACAUUGGCACUGCCAAACGACAGGCGCGCGUCCGUGACGCUUGA